ACAUUAGCACCAGAGCACUCCAAAAUACUGUGCCCCUGAGGACUGUCGAGGUUUUUUCACAAAAUAGCAAAGUCUCUAGGCUGAUACUCCAAAAGCGCAGAUGGUGAUGCUCGAGUCCGGGAGCCAGGGAAAGAGAAUGCUAUGUGGCGACUCCCCAAACCACCAAGGUACAUGCUUAAUGACCUAGUGAAGGUAGCUUACGCUGCCUCCCAGACACCCGUGACGAAGGCCUUGUCCGUAAAGCUAUGGAAAGGACGACUGGAGUUCAUCAAACCCAGCACCACAGCAAACUAGCCCCGAGGGUCCGAGCGUUGUUUAACUUCGUCUAACUUUCCGAUUGGUCCUUUCUGCCUCAUGUAAGGGAUCGGCAACAGAUCCCUGGCGCAUGCGCAUCACGUGCUUCCGGCAGAGGAACUCUGUGUACCGGUCUUUCUGGCCCGGGUGGAAUUCCUACCCCACUUUCCUGGGCUUUGCGUCUUCCGUGAGCAAUGGCUCCGGACUCAGGUCCCUUUCCAGAAGGGCCGCUCUUAAAGCUGCUACCCGUAGACGCUAGGGACCGGGGCACCCAACGCUGUCGCCUGGGCCCGGCGGCCCUCCGCGCCUUAGGCGCGCACCUGGGCUCGGCGGUGGAGAUCUCGCUGCCUGACGGCGGCUCCUGCCUCUGCACCGCCUGGCCGCGGCGGGAUGGCGCGGACGGCUUUGUGCAACUGGAUCCGCAGUGCGCGAGCCCGGGGGCGGUAGUCCGGGCGCCGGGGUCCCGGGGGAGUCUCAACCUGAGCCGACUCCGGUUAGUGCCCUGCCCGCCCCUUCGGCUCCUUGCCGUGUGGCCGGUGUUGCGGGAGCUGGCGGGCGUGCCGGGUGCCCCAAAUCCAGCCGCGGUGCUGGAGGCGGCGCAGGAGCUGCUGAGGAACCGUCCGGUCUCUCUGGGCCACGUGGUGGCCGCACCUCCGGGCGCUCCCGGCCCGGUGGCCGCCCUGCACAUCGUCAGCGGGGCACCCAACCCGAAUCCGGCCGGGCUGGUCACCCCUCGCACCCACAUCAGUCUGAGCGGGCUACCUCCGUCGGAAGCGGAGCCGCAGCCCGAGGUGCUCCUGGGGGGCCUUUCCGAGGCGGCCGACUCGCUGCGGGAGCUCCUCCACCUGCCUCUCCGCUACCCCCGCGCCUUGGCCUCGCUGGGGCUAGAAGUGCCACGCGGGGUGCUCCUGGCCGGCCCCCCCGGAGUGGGCAAGACCCAGCUAGUGCGGGCCGUGGCCCGAAAGGCGGGCGCGGAGCUGCUGGCCGUGAGUUCCCCCACGCUGCAGGGCUCCCGGCCCGGGGAGACCGAGGAGAACGUGCGGCGGGUCUUCCAGCGCGCCCGGGAGCUGGCCAGCCGCAGGCCCACCCUUCUUUUCCUGGACGAGGUGGACGCCCUGUGUCCCCGGCGGGACGGCGCACACCAAGCCCCCGAGAGCCGCGUGGUGGCCCAGGUGUUGACGCUGUUAGACGGCAUCAGUGGGGGCCGGGAGGUGGUGGUUGUGGGAUCCACCAACCGGCCGGACGCGCUAGACCCAGCGCUGCGCAGACCUGGGAGAUUCGACCGAGAGGUUGUCAUUGGAACUCCCACACUUAGACAAAGAAAGGCGAUUCUACAAGUGAUUACCUCAAAGAUGCCCAUCUCCAGUCAAGUCAAUUUGAGCCUCCUUGCAGAAAUGACAGUUGGCUAUGUUGGUGCAGACCUGACUGCACUCUGUAGGGAGGCUGCCAUGCAUGCUCUGCUUCAUAGUGAGAAGAACCAGGACAAUCCAAUGAUUGAUGAAACAGACUUUCUUGAAGCUUUUAAAAAGAUCCAGCCCUCAUCAUUUCGAAGUGUCAUUGGACUGAUGGACAUCAAGCCUGUUGGCUGGGAGCAGAUUGGUGGCCUUGAAGAUGUAAAACUGAAGUUAAAACAGAGCAUUGAAUGGCCUCUGAAAUUCCCUCGGGAAUUUGUUAGGAUGGGCCUGACAGAACCAAAGGGAGUUCUCCUGUAUGGUCCCCCUGGGUGUGCUAAAACCACCCUGGUGAGGGCCCUGGCCACGAGUUGUCAUUGCUCUUUUGUUUCAGUGAGCGGAGCUGAUCUCUUUUCACCUUUUGUUGGAGAUUCAGAAAAAAUCUUGUCUCAGGUAUUUCGACAAGCAAGAGCAAAUACUCCAGCAAUUGUGUUUUUGGAUGAAAUUGAUUCAAUCUUGGGCUCUCGAUCAAUCAGCAGAACAGGAUGUAAUGUUCAAGAGCGUGUUCUUUCUGUUCUCCUAAAUGAAUUAGAUGGUGUUGGAUUGAAGACUAUAGAGAGAAGAGGAAGUAAAUCAGAUCAACAUGGUAAAUACAAGGAGCUGGAAAAAAACGAAGAGCUAGAGUUUCAGGAAGUUUUUAAUAGCAAUGUCAUGAUUGUUGCAGCAACAAAUAGACCUGAUGUGUUAGAUGAUGCCUUGUUACGGCCUGGAAGAUUAGACAAGAUUAUUUAUAUUCCACCUCCAGAUGAAAAGGGCAGGCUUUCUAUUCUGAAAGUCUGUACAAAAAACAUGCCAAUGGGGCCUGAUAUUUCCUUAGAAAACGUAGCAGCAGAUACCUGUUUUUUCUCUGGAGCUGAUCUUGGAAACCUCUGCAAAGAAGCCGCCUUGCUGGCUCUGCAAGAAAAUGGACUGGAAGCGACCACAGUGAAACAAGAGCACUUUCUAGAAUCACUUAAGACUGUAAAACCAUCCUUAAGUCACAAGGAUUUGACUUUAUAUAAAAACUUAUUUCAGAAACAAGGAUUUUCUAACUUAGAAGAUAUUUAAAAAUUAUUUUACAUACCUGCUUAAGGAUUAACUGAAAUGUGAACGUGCACUAUAAUUUGCAACUUCACACUUUGUGUGUGUUAUUUCCUAUAAAUAAAAAAACUUGUGCCUAAUAAGCUAAGAUUUCAUACUUACAGAAAAGUUAAAAGAAUAAUACAAAGAACUCUUAUAUACUCUUAACCCAGA